AUGGUCACCUCUACGAGAGUGGACGUGGAGGAAAAAAGACCUCCCGCAUCUCCACCCGAAAAUGCCGGCUUGAAGGUCUCUCCUUUCGUUCUAAAGCUUCAAAGUGCUCCUCCAAACUAUUUCUAUCAGGCACCAAAUCCUCCCCCUAUAUCAGAUUUAUUUUCAGCCCCCAUUGGACCGUACUUCUUCUACGGUACAUUAAGUGAUCCGUCUAUGCUUCGUGAUAUUCUGGGGUUGCAAAGUGACCCUGAGCUUCGACCGGCGUAUAUCAUGGGCUACGAAUGCAAGCUGUGGGGUCAAUAUCCGGCUCUAUUAGAUGCUCCUGGCUCGACAAUCGAGGGUGCUGUGUACCAUGUUCAGACUGUCGACCACGGAGAAAGAUUAGCAGCAUAUGAAACAGACAACUAUCAUGCUCAUCCAUGUCGCAUUCAUUACUCGGACGAGAAGGAGCCCUCUCAGGAUUUUGGAUACACUUUUAAGUUCGUUGGUAAUUCAAAUGAUUUGAGUGAAGGGGAUUUUGAUCUCAAAGUUUGGCUGAAAAGAAUGGGAAGAAAAGUUGGAGUUAAUAACUUGGAUCCUAAGUAG